AUGGCGUCCCAAGGGGCAAUAUGGGGGUUUCCCACCCUCCGCUUCCUUAGGUUCGCUGUGGCCAAAACGACCAAGGCGGUUCGCAGCAAGAUAACGGACGCUGCGAAGCCGUUCCAGGGUCAAGCACAGGCUAUUCCUGUGCGAAGCGGAUACACCGGGCGACAGCCUAUUCAUCCAGCAGCUCUAUUGAAACAGCAGAAACGUGGAUUAAGGUUGUUCUCCAGCGUCACAGGUUACAACUUCAACAACCUAGUUCGGCGAUACAUCAGUUCUGGGCGAACUGGACCCUCUCGAUUCGACAGAUCUAAGCUACCUUCAUCAAAUACAUCUCGACGAGUUGCCCAGUUCUCUGGACGAGCUCCCUUCGCAAAUACUCUGCGUCCUAAUCUCACUGGUGGUGCCAUGCCAAGAACCGCUGGAGGCUAUAGCAUCGGCGGCGGAGCGAGAUACUUCUCUCACACUCCAGCAGCACCGGCACAAGUUGUGCAAAAUGUUUCCCAGGCAAUGAGAGGAUUCCUUCUCUCCGGCAAGAAGCUCCGAUAUGACGGCGUUAAUACCCGUGGAGAUCGCCGAUACCGUGCUGUAACCAGCCUCGAGGACGAAGCUAUGAACCGAAUGGCCGCCGUCCCCGGCUUUACUCCCGGUUCCUUCAUCGACUUCCAGAUGAGCCCCAUUAUCACAGCCCUGAGCCCCCUAGCCGCUGCUGUUGUUCGUGCCUCUAAUGACUCAAUCCUCCGAUCUGGGGCACUCGUUGAGCCUACCGUUCUGGAUACGGAAGGAUUCCUCGAAGUCUUGUCUGUUGACCUGCGUCGAGCUAGGAAACAUUUGAAAGCAGUCAUGGCCGACUUGAAGCGACUGAAAGCGCUAGGCGCGUUGCCUGUAUCAUUGGAGGCAGGAAGCAAGCUUCGAGUUCGCUUCCCUGGUGUUGACGCAAUCUCUGUUGAGCGGCUGUGUGACGACAUAGGCAUCGAGCGAGGCAUCAUAGGCCAGGAUUCGGACUUUGAUGCUGCGACUGGGACUACAGUAGCGCUCAAAUUCCCCUUUGCUCCGGAAUCCGAGCGAGCGAUAAGCUCCCCUGGUGGAUCGGCUCGGUCACUCACUGGAUACGACCUUGACGAUGUGGAGUCGUUGUUAGAGGAUGACUCUUUCGUGAGAGAGGCAUUUGCCUGCGACUUGGUGGACAGUCCAUGGGUUUCCGAGCCCGAAGGCUAUGAGAGCAUGUCUCCGCCCAUGCAGCCUGAAGAGCGUCCAUCAGAUGAGUUUGAGCGCUAUGACGAGAUAUACCGAUUUUUGGCGGAAUGCGACCGUGGUCGGGGAAGACUCGGGUGA